AUGCCUCUUUACAACAUCACCUUGAAGGCCGACGCUCCUGUUGAGGAGUUGGAAAAGGCCAAAGCUACCGCCCGGGAGAAGGGUGGUGUCAUCAAGCACGAAUACAGUAUCAUCAAGGGUUUCACUGUUGAGUUCCCUGACGACAACGUCCAAACAUUCGAAUCCACCGAGCAUGUCCACGUCGAGCAGGAUGGUGCAGUGACUACAAAGUAA